UAGAGCCAACAUGGCGUCGGAGUCUGAGUUUUGAAAAACACGGAGGAGCCCCGGAGCAUGGAGGCCGCCGCGCCGUGAGCCCAGGCCGCCCACAGCGCCCCUCAGCCCGGCCACAGCCGCGCCGAGGUCCCGCUGUCCCGCCGGAGCUCCGGAGCUGCGCCCUGAGCCCAGGCCGCCCACAGCGCCUCUCUGCCCGGGUACAGCCGCGCCGAGGCCCCGCUGUCCAGCCGGAGCUCCAGAGCUGCGCCGUGAGCCCAGGCCGCCCACAGCGCCUCUCUGCCCGGGCACAGCCGCGCCGAGACCCCGCUGUCCCGCCGGAGCUCCGGAGCUGCGCACUUUAACGUUUCCUCAAACGCUGCUGUGAAAUGGAUGAGCCAAUCAGAAUGCAACAGAGGGGCGGGGCUAAACCUGUUCGUCCAAUCAGAGAUGAAGCUCGAGGGAGAACGGACCCCGCCCAGCUCACAGGGGUCAGUGUGUCUCAGGAGCGACGCAGAAGUCGAGGAGGACGACUGUCCAGGAUCCAGACCGAGUCCAAGACCGAGUCCAAGACCGAGUCCAAGACCGAGUCCAAGACCGAGUCCAAGACCGAGUCCAAGACCGAGUCCAAGACCGAGUCCAGGAUCAACCCAGAACCAGCUAAACCAGACCCUGCACCAGUGAGAGGAGAAGCAGAGCGCUCCCUGGAGGACGGAGCUCUGACUGAACAGCAGCUGGGUCUGAAACAGGCCGAAGAGCGACUCUACCGCGACUACAUCCACCGACUCGCCAAGGCAUCUCCAGAUUAUCCAAACUACCAGUACCUGUGCCGCCUGUGUGCUGUUCACAUCGAGAACAUCCAGGGGGCGCACAAGCACAUCAAGGAGAAACGCCACAAGAAGAACAUCAUGGAGAAGCAGGAGGAGAAUGAGCUCCGGGCCUUGGCUCCACCGAGUCCGGCUCAGAUCCAGGCUCUGGACCGAGCCGUGACUCAAACCGCCCAAAACUACGGCCUCUCGGACCUGGACCUCCAGAGCAGAACCAGAGCUGUGGAGCUGAUGGAGAGGACCAUCCAAGCACAGCUCCCAGGCUGCUCCCUGCGGAUGUACGGCUCCAGUUUGACGCGUUUCGCUUUUAAAACUUCUGACAUCAACAUCGACGUCACCGUUCCCCCAAACAUGACUCAGCCUGAAGUUCUCAUCCAGGUUCUGGAGAUCCUCAAGUCGAGCCCGGAUUUCUCGGAGGUGGAGUCGGAUUUUCACGCCAAAGUCCCGACUGUGUUUUGUCGAGACGUUCACAGUCGACUCGUGUGCAAAGUCAGCGGCGGAAACGACGUGGCCUGUCUCACGACCAAUCACCUCGCAGCGCUGUCCAAACUCGAGCCGCGAUUGGUUCCUCUGGUCCUGGCCUUCAGACACUGGGCCCGGCUGUGUCAUAUGGACCACCAGGCUGAAGGGGGCAUCCCGUCGUACUCUCUGGCCCUCAUGGUCAUCUUCUUCCUGCAGCAGCGUCCUCGGCCCGUGCUGCCCGUUUACAUCGGGCCCUGGAUCUCUGGGUUUGAGCUGAAGCGUGUGGAUGAGUUCCACCUCACGGGGAUCUGUCAGGACGCCUUCGUGCGCUGGGAACACCGGCCCCCAAGCACUGACAGGAGCGACAGGAGCGACAGGACAGACAACCGGACUAAACCAGAACCGUCCCGGACCGAGCCGCACUCCUUUGAGGGUCUGAGCUCCCUGACCCUCUCGAGUCCGGACUCGGCCUGCGUGGGGCAGCUGUGGUUGGAUCUGUUCAGGUUUUACACUCUGGAGUUUCCUCUGGAGGAUUUCAUCAUCAGCAUCAGAGUCCAAGAACAGCUGAGCCGCGAGGCCAAAGGCUGGCCCCGGCGCCGGCUCGCCAUCGAAGACCCGUUUGCGCUGAAGAGGAACGUGGCGAGGAGCCUGAACAGUCAGAUGGUGUUCGAGUACGUCCAGGAGCGAUUCAGAACCGCCUACAGGUACUUCGCCGAGCCGCAGAAGACCCCAAGAAAAACCCGAACCAGGACCCGACCAGAACCCGGCCACAACAGAACCAGGACCAAGGAGGAGGAGCCAAACCAGAGCGACGCCAUCGACCGCCGACUCCAAAACCUGGGCCUAGACCAGGAGCCAGACCAAGACCAGAGUCGGACUGAGGAGCGAGUGAACGGACUGAACGAGAGUGAAGAAGAGGAGGAGGAAGAGGAGGAAGAGGAGGAAGAGGAAGAAGAAGAAGAGGAAGAAGAGGAAGAAGAAGAGGAGGAAAUGUUCUACGAGUUUGACAAAAUGAUCUUCACCGGAGGAAAGCCCCCGGUGGUGGUGUGCAGCAUCUGUAAACGUGACGGACAUCUUAAAGACGAGUGUCCCGAGGAUUUUAAAAAGAUCGAACUGAAACCUCUUCCUCCGAUGAACGAACGCUUCAGAGAAAUCCUGGACGGGCUGUGCCGCCUCUGCUACCAUGAACUUUCGCCGACGCCGGUGGAGCAGCAGAGGCGUGAGCAGAUCCUCCUGUCGCUCGAGAGGUUCAUCCGUAAAGAGUUCAACGAUAAAGCUCAGUUGUGUCUCUUUGGUUCGUCUAAAAACGGCUUCGGGUUCAGAGACAGUGACUUGGACAUCUGCAUGACUCUAGAGGGCCACAGCACGGCCGAGAACCUGAACUGUAAAGACAUCAUCGAGAGUUUGGCCAAAGUCCUGAAGAAACACACAGGUCUGAGGAACAUUCUGCCCAUCACCACGGCCAAAGUUCCCAUCGUGAAGUUUGAGCAUCGCCAAAGCGGCCUCGAAGGCGACAUCAGUCUCUACAACACUCUGGCUCAGUAUAACACUCGGAUGUUGGCGACGUACGCGGCUCUCGACCCCAGAGUCCAGCUGCUCGGAUACACCAUGAAAGUGUUCGCCAAGAGGUGUGACAUUGGAGACGCCUCCAGGGGGAGCCUGUCAUCCUACGCCUACAUCCUGAUGGUGCUGUACUUCCUCCAGCAGAGAACACCACCAGUCGUGCCCGUUCUCCAGGAGAUGUAUGACGGCACGGUGGCGCCUCAGAAAAUGGUGGACGGAUGGAAUGCCUUCUUCUGCGACGACCUGCAAGAACUGCGGCGGCGUUUAGUGGAGCAGCCGUUAAACUCCGAGCCUGUGGGGGCGCUGUGGCUCGGCCUGCUGCGCUUUUACACUGAAGAGUUUGAUUUUAAAGAACACGUGAUCAGCAUCAGACAGAAGAAACGCCUCACCACCUUCGAGAAGCAGUGGACCAGCAAGUGCAUCGCUAUUUCAGAUCCGUUCGACUUGAACCAUAACCUCGGCGCCGGAGUCUCGCGGAAAAUGACAAACUUCAUCAUGAAAGCGUUUAUAAACGGCAGGAAGCUGUUUGGGACGCCGUUCUACCCCCCACCGGGCUCCGAAGUGGAUUAUUUCUUCGACUCGAAGGUCCUCACAGACGGGGAGUUGGCGCCGAACGAUCGCUGCUGCCGAAUCUGCGGCAAAAUCGGCCACUACAUGAAAGACUGUCCCAAGAGACGCCGGGUGAAGAAGAAGGACGGCGAGAGCGUCGAGGACAGAGACGAAGAGCAGAGACGAUGUUUCCAGUGCGGAGACGCUGGACACGUGAGACGAGACUGUCCGGACUACAGACCCACGAAGACCAGAGCCCCAGGACCCCAGGGAGGUCUCCCGGUCCAGAGGAGCUCCCAGUCCAUCUCUGUGAACCAAGACGGACGAAGCAGAAACAACUCUGAGUGUUCGGACAGCCGUCAGACUCCGCCCACUCUGCCUCAGAGCUCCUCCCCUCAGGCUUACAAAGCCCCGCCCCUCCAGCAGAUGGCGCUGUUGGGGUUUCCUCCGCCUCUGGGGCAGUGGCCUCAGUUCAAACUCAACGACCCGAGCAUCAUCUUCGCUCAGCCGGCGCCACGAGGGGCGGGGCCUAGAGCGGCGGCGCCUCGAGGGCCGGCGCCAAGAGGGGCAGGGCCUCAGAACGCCAAACCAGACUCUGGACAGCUGCAUGGUCCUCCUCCUCCAGCCGCUCGUCUGUGGGAGCACCACAAACCACCACAGUACGCCCCCUCCUGGAGAUACCCGGUACCACACCCGUACAUCCAAAACUCACCAGGAUUCCACCAGCAAGGCUCCAUGGCGCCCCCUCCUGGCAGUUUCCCGCUCCUGCCACACGUGCGUCGCCCUCUGAAUCUGAGUUUCCUGCAGCAGAAGAAGUGAAUCUGUUUUUAACUGUUUUAAUCUUGUACAGUUUUUAAGUUUUGAAGUUUGUACUGUUUUAGCGUGAGGCUCUUGUAACAUAUUUUACGCCCCGUUUUUCAGGGGCCUUUUUAUUUGAUGUAAAAAACUGAAAAAAGGAAUUGUACAUGUUUUAUUUUUUCUGCUGUUGAUACGUCUCCUCCAUGAGCUUAGAAUAAACUAGAAACCACAA